AUGUCUCUUGGCCUUAUCCCCAGCUUUUCCAAUAAUUUGAUUCGCAACUUCAACCAUCUUAUGUAUGCUGACGAUCUUAUUUUGGUUACCACUACUUCCAGGAAAGCUGCUAGAAAUGUUUAUUUCUGCUUAAAUAUUUAUGCUCAGCUUUUUGGCCAAUUCCCCAACCAGAAUAAAUCUGAAAUUUUUGUACCUCAUUGGUUCAACAAUAGAGUUACCUCCAGCAUUUGCAGUAUCCUGAAUUUUAAGCUUGGUAAAACUCCUUUCACCUAUUUAGGAGUUCUCAUUUCUCCAAAAAGACUUGCCCUUGCUCAAUUUGAUUCUAUGAUCCAUCGACUUAAUAGGGCUAUCUCCAAGUGGGGCAAGACUAAACUUUCAAAAGCUAGCAAGUCUAUCCUUAUUAAUAGAAUUCUCAUGACUGUUCCCAUUUAUUAUUUAUCGGUCUAUCCCAUCCCUGACUCUGUUCUUUCUAAGCUGUCCAGUGGUGCUAGGAAAUUUUUAUGGGCUAACUAUGAGCAAGGUAAGGGUUUGCCUUUGGUCAACUGGGAUGUCAUCACUUCUAGCAAAGCUGAGGGGGGUUUAGGAAUUAGGAAUUUACUCACCGCUAAACAUUCUCUUAUGGCUAAGAACCUUAUUAAUUUUCUUAAUCGGCAUCAAUCUAUCUGGGUGGACAUUUUGCAUUUAAAAUAUGGUAAUCAUAAUUUUUGGACUAUGAAUGCUCCUCCAAAUUGUUCUACUUUCUUUAAGGGGCUGUGUAGUAAUGCCAAUGCUAUCAAGCCUUUCUUGUGGAUAAAUUGUGUUAAUCCUGAUACCAUCUCUCUUUAG